GCAGCCUUGCAUUCCUUCUUCUCAUCCUCUUCCUAGCUCGUCAUGUCCCACGCCAAGUUCAACAAUUAUCCUGCCGAUAGAGAUUUGAUUGCGACGAACAGGCAAUCUCCGGUGUAGCCGGUUGCGCGGCGAGAGCAGAAGAGCAACUCUCUGUUGACGUACGGUUUGCCUCCGGCCAUGGACUCGACCGAUCCUUCUGUAUCUCCUUCGAAUACUCCCUCUUUUCUUUCUCUUUCUUAGACGUUCUUGUUCAUGCCUGUAUAGAUUUUUGGUUAUUUGUGUUGAGUCUUGAGGUUUGAUUCUAAUGUUUGAGCAUUUUGUUUUUAUCUGUGCGUUAAAAGAUGAUGAGUUCUCUGACGGUCGGAGAGUGGAUCUGCGCAGCUUUAAUACCGUUUCUUGCUGUGGCCGAUUUUGUAAUAUCUUCAGUUGCAAACUGCUUUGAGCUCCGACCCCAGUACAAGAAAUGUCACUAUAGUUUCGGAGAUCUGCUUUGCCUUGCCAAUGAAUCCCGAUGUACUUCUCUUUCUGAAUCUCUUGCUUUUAUUUUUUUUUUCCCUUAGGAAUGUCGUUGGAGAUCUUGUUGAUCUGAGAUGUGUUUGGUUGCUGAGAAAAAUAAAGUCACUGUUAAUGAAGUCGAGGCAUUGUAUGAGCUAUUUAAAAAAUUGAGUAGUUCUAUCAUUGAUGAUGGGUUGAUUCACAAGGAAGAACUCCAAUUAGCAUUGUUCCACACUCCAUAUGGGGAGAAUCUUUUUAUUGACCGGGUUUUUGAUCUUUUUGAUGAGAAGAGAAAUGGUGUUAUUGAAUUUGAGGAAUUUGUUCAUUCACUCAAUGUCUUCCAUCCCAAUGCACCUAUGGAAGAAAAAAUUGAUUUUGCAUUUAGGUUAUAUGAUCUGAGAGCAACUGGCUUCAUAGAGCGUGAAGAAGUUAAGCAAAUGGUAAUUGCUAUUUUGAUGGAAUCUGACAUGACGUUGUCAGAUGACCUACUGGAAGCAAUUAUUGACAAGACAUUUGCUGAUGCUGAUGCGGAUGGGGAUGGUAGAAUCGACAAAGAAGAGUGGAAGGCAUUUGUGGUCCGAAAUCCAAACCUCUUGAAGCACAUGACCCUUCCAUAUUUGAAGGACAUUACGACUGUAUUUCCAAGUUUUAUUUUCAACACUGAGGUUGAAGACUAGCAAUAUGAAGGCUUUUCAGAAUGAAGAAUUGAAGACCAAGGUGUUGAAAAUAUUUUCAACCAUCUGGAAUCUGGUUUUAGAAUAAUUGUUGUUUGAUAUUGGAUAAUUAGUGCAAUCAAUCAUUGCUGAAGGAAGGGAAACAGGUAUCAGAAAUAAGCCUUAACUGGGUGCGAACGAGGCCAGAAUGGUUGCAGCGCAAACUUGACAUCAGUGUGGCGUGUAAGCUGAGCCGAUUUAGCUUCCAUAUUUUUGUACAGUGAGCAUGGAUGAAGUCAUGGAGAAUUAGAUUUUUUCAAUUGGUAAGUUUGCUACAUAGGAUCUUGUGUGAAGUAAAUCACAGUAUUAUCGUAAGGUAUGAGGCAGAUUUGACCAAGGCCAAAAGUGAAAUUUGCUCUCCCAUUGAAGGUUUAGUUGAAUUAGUAGUAGUACAUAUUUUUUUGACCUAAUAGUAUUUCUCUCUUUUGGUACCUUUGAGGUUAGCUAUUUGAUACGGUAGACUACUUACUAAAUUUAUGUAUUAUUACUACUAACUUGACAAUAUCAAUAUUCUUUUACAAUAAUUUGUAAAUACAUACUAAUUUACGUA